AUGUGGUUGCAUCAAUGCUAUAAUCUCUCUCUCUCUCUCUCUCUCUCUCUCUCUCUCAAAACAUUUCAGACGCUGUAUAAAACACAAGUUCGGGAACUUAAAGAAGAAUGUGAAGAAAAGACCAAACUUUGCAAAGAAAUACAGCAAAAGAUACAAGAGUUACAAGAAGAGAGAGACUCCUUGGCGGCACAGCUGGAGAUAACAUUAACAAAGGCAGACUCUGAGCAGCUGGCUCGCUCUAUUGCCGAGGAACAAUGUUCCGACUUAGAAAAAGAGAAGAUCGUGAAAGAAUUGGAGAUCAAAGAAAUGAUGGCAAGGCACAAACAGGAGCUUGCUGAAAAAGAUGCCACCAUAGGAUCUUUGGAAGAAGCAAAUAGAACGUUAACUAGUGAUGUGGCAAACCUUGCAAAUGAAAAAGAAGAGCUGAAUAACAAAGUUAAAGAAGUUCAAGAAAGGCUUGCCCAUCUGAAUGAAGAGGAAAAUGACACAGAAUUGCUAAAGACUCAGUAUGAGAAACAGCUGGCUUAUGAAAGAACAAUGAAAACACAGGCUGUGAAUAAGUUAGUGGAAGUUAUGAAUCGUAAGAAUCCAGUCCAACGAGGAGCUGACCCAGAUGUCAGAAGAAAAGAAAAGGAGAACAGGAAACUGCAUAUGGAGUUGAAAACUGAACGGGAAAAAUUAACUCAGAUGAUGAUUAAAUAUCAGAAAGAGAUCAAUGAAAUGCAAGCUCAAAUAGCAGAAGAGAGCCAGAUACGAAUUGAACUACAAAUGGCUCUAGACAGCAAAGAUAGUGAUAUAGAACAGCUUCGCUCCCAGCUCCAAUCAAUACAUAUUGGCUUAGACAACAGCAGCAUUUGUGGCCCUAGUGAAGUAGAAACGGAUGAUGGUUUCCCUGUUCGUAUCACUCAGUCCCACACUUCAGAGUCUAUGUCUUUUACCUACCAACGCUCUUCUACCUCUGUCAGUAUUGCCACUAAGCCUUCCAGCUCUUGUAUGUUUCUCAGUUCUGAUUCUGACUCUGAGGAAGAACCAUUGUCUUCUGCACAAGUCCCUUCAGAACCUGACAAUCCAGAGUCACGACUCGAGGGAUGGCUAUCAUUGCCUGCUAGAAACAACACAAAGAAAUUUGGUUGGGUAAAAAAGUAUAUAGUUGUCAGCAGCAAGAAGAUAUUAUUCUAUCAUAAUGAACAAGAUAAGGAACAAUCCAACCCAUAUAUGGUACUGGACAUAGACAAACUCUGCCACGUUCGACCUGUCACAAAAACGGAUGUGUACAGAACGGAUUCGAAAUAUAUUCCCAGGAUUUUCCAGAUCCUAUAUGAUAAUGAAGGAGAAAGUAAAAAAGAACAAGAAUUUCCUGCAGAGUCGUCAGGGGAAAAGUCAAAUUAUAUUUGCCACAAGGGACAUGAGUUUAUACCUACCCUUUAUCAUUUUCCAACCAACUGUGAAGCUUGCAUGAAGCCUUUGUGGAAUAUGUUCAAACCUCCUCCUGCCCUUGAAUGUCGCCGUUGCCAUAUCAAAUGCCAUAAAGACCACAUGGAUAAAGAAGAAGAAAUAAUAGCACCUUGCAAAGGUAACUUUAAAAUAAGUAAAAUAAAGUGAUUGCAAGUUAGUCCAUGGAAAAACUUCAGAGUCCAUAGUUAGAUUAAGAUUUCUUAAGAUUAAUCAAAAGUGGCACAGAGGAGGAAUGUGCAGGUUUUCAAAUUUUGCAGAAUUCUACACCAGAGACGCAGAAGAACCAAGGAAAUCCCCUAAUUAGGUCACAUCAUUCGGCCAUAAAACGAGAGAUUUUAGACAGAAUGCCCUCUCUAUUGGCAUUAGAGUGUGUAAUAGAAUUUAGAUGGCCUGUCUUGAUUAUGCUUGGCUGAAUUGUUCCAAAAGCUAAUGCUAUGAAAAAUCUUGCUAAAAUUCUGCCUGCUAAUUUCAGCUGGAAAGUUACGCAUC